AUGGAGUACAAAGAACUCCCAGAGGUUAUAUACUGCCCUGCCGAUAUAACCAUUGAGACGUGGUACCGGUCUCCUUAUGUUAAUGUAACAUGGACGUCACCAAAUAUCACAGACAAUGUUGGUAUUUUAGAAAUUGUAUCGAACUACCAUUCAGGGGAUGUGUUCCACCUCGGAGUGACAACAGUUGUCUACAAUGCAACAGACACAGCUUUGAACUUUAACCAUUGCCAUUUUACUAUAACUGUUAUAGAUGUUGAGAAACCCUACUUUGAAAAUUGUUCCUUGGACAUUGCGGUACCAAACGUUCCCGGAUCAGCAUAUUCUAAUGUAACUUGGACAAUACCGACAGCCUACGAUAACUCUCGAAUCCCUCCUCAUGUUACCUCGGACGCCGAUCCCGGUGAUGUAUUUCCAUUGUACGAUACCAUUGUAACAUAUACUGCAGUUGAUGAAAGUAACAAUGUCGAGUUGUGUCGGUUCAAAGUCACUGUAUAUGAUGUGGAUUUCCCGUAUUUUACUAAUUUUACCGAUGAUGUUCAAGUAUUCAUCGACUCAAUUCAUUCAAACGUAACCGUUGAUUGGGACCCACCAUAUCCGGCCGACAAUUCGGGAGUAUUACCUUUGCUUGAAUCAACUCAUCAACCUGGAGAUACAUUCCAAAUAGGCGUUACUAUGGUAACAUAUACAGCUACUGACGAAACUGGAAACACGAUGACACACACAUUUACAGUCACGAUACGAGUUGCCUUUACAGAUCUACGGACAAUUUUAUUCAACGGAACAGACGAUGUGGACAUUUUACAAGUAUCAGCCAUUGCUGUUAACAGAGGAAAAGGCCGCGAUCUUACUGACAACGAAAUCGACGAUUUAGAAGUAAUGUUGCUAUCAAUGUCAUCAGCGUCGGAAGAUAUAGGGAAUAGGGAGCCAAAGGUUAUGACAGAGGAAUUAAUUAAUGUGACAACUACAGUUAUCGAUCGCAAAAAGAAUAUGGCUCAGCAGAUUGAUAUAGUUUUAGCAUCCGAGAUUCUUUUAAAGAAAAUCGUUACAAGACAGACAAACACAACGGUGAAAAAAUCCUCUGAAAGAGUUGCAUCUAACAUCGAACUUGUAGAAAAUGCAGUUUGGUCUUUCCAUUUUGAAACUAAGGAAAAGUUGUUGGACUCAUAGAUGUGUA